UGUGUGUGUUGUUUGAUGUCGCAAUAUUUAUUGAGCGUGCUUAGCCAAUAUGCUAGAAAAUCACGUCCCCGAAGGUUACCUUGGAUCAUGCUUGACGUUUCAAUGGCUUGUAUAGGGGACAUUGCAUCGGGGUUUGGCAGGCUUAGUCCUUAGUAUUUAUUUUAGUACUCGCCAUGUUUCACAUAUAUAUUUUCCCAUAGGUAAGUAUUUACCAACGGCGUUAUUCAAUUUAUCGCAUUACAGGGAAUGAUAGUUACUCGCACUACAAAGAGUGGUCUUGGUUUUCUUAUUUUUAAUUUUUUAUUUUAGCGACUGACCCGCUGUUGCUUAGUUUCUGAGUGUUUUCUCCAUUCAUUUUAUUACUGUUUCCAGCAUCUGUGGCGAUACUUUUCCUGACUCCAAAGGAACGCUUGGUACUUUUGCUUGUUGGCCUAAUUGGAUUUCUGGUGGGAGAUCUUCAAUGUUGCCAAAAAUUAAAGAAUUGCAUUAUUUAAAUUUGAUUGUGCGAAGUUGGCGUGUAUUCGUCAACGAACCUCCUCCUGCAAAAUUCAGAAGGUGGUUCGGGAGGUAGAAAAGUACGCAGGUGAGCAACCCCCGAAAUUUCAAAUUUAUUCUUGUUUGGACAAAACAGGUAGAAUCGUUCGGGUAGGAUGUGAGUGCUUUAUACGUGCACCGAAAAAAAAGUCUUGUCGCUAAAUUAAGUGAGCAUGUGGGGUGAGCGCUCGCAAAGCUACAAGCGUCAGCAAAUGCGAUGCUUUCGUCAGUUCGUAUUCGUUGCUCAUUCAGUAACCUCCUAGGCCUUGUUCACGAUAUCUGUACUCAACGACCGGCUCAUGCUGCAAGUUAUCUUGGCUGCGGUUUGGCCUCCAGAAAACUUGGCGGCACUUUGUGGAUGAUAUUACGGCCUUCCAACCGGUGUCUUAUCUCGAGAUAUCCUGCAUUUACGAGCACUGGGAACUGCAACAUAACAGUGCCAGCUUGUUCAGUUGCUGGCAUUUUUUUCGGUCGAGAACCUCAGCGUAGCUCGUAUUUGUCAGCGCGACGACGAGCUUCGUUCGAGGAACUAUUUUGCGAAGUAUUAACAGUGAGACAAAGCCAACGGCUGUGUUUUCUAGCACGAAAAAGUACACAGUCUGCUUACGUCACGGCUUCUGCUGAUGGGGUACUUCAAGACAGUGCAAGGGGUGACUGUUCCGGCUUUUUUUCCUGAUGACGCUGUUGCAUCGGCCCUGGCGUACGAGCCGCGUGCGGGAGAUGUUUUCAUCGUCACCUACCCAAAGUGUGGUACAACUUGGGUCCAGUACAUCGCGUACAGCCUCUUUCACGACGGUGAGCCUCCGAGUAGCAUCGCGGAGCUGCUCAAGAACUCUCCGUUCUUAGAGCUCCAUGGCGCCGACGCAGUAUAUGGCAUGCCAAGGCCGGGCGCAAUCAAGACUCAUCUGCCCUUCCACCAGCUGAAGUUUUCCACACGAGCAAAAUACAUCUAUGUCGCCAGGAACCCGUAUGACGUGUGUGUAUCAGCAUACCAUCAUAUUAGAACGCUGACGGCCAGCGAAGAAGACCUUAUGGAGCUCGACGAAUUCGUUAAACUCUUCGUCGCGCGAGCAGGUGGCAAAGCAUGCUACCUCGAAAACAGCCUUCUUCCAUGGUAUUCCCGCCGAAUGGAGAGCAAUGUGCUGUUCUUGACCUACGAACAACUCCUCGCUGACACCAAGGCACAAGUGAAAAGAGUGGCUGAAUUCUUGGGACAGGAGGAAGGUCAACGCGUCUCCACUGACCCAGGCUUGUUGCAGCGCGUUGUGGACUCGUCUACGAAAGAACGCAUGCGGCCGUUUUUAAAAGACUUCAUCAGACAGAACGUCGAGCUUGUCGUGAAACAAAGGGAGCGCAGGAACGCCCGCAUAGCACCGGAAUUACAGAAAUUAGUGGAACUUCUUAGGCGCCACCCACCAAGGCACGAGUUCGUGCGUGACGAUUCUGUUGGGGGCUAUAAGAAUUUCCUCACUGCGGACAACAAAGCAGCGUUGAAGGAAUGGAUUGCCGCCAAGACUUCCGGUACCGACGUUAUGCGACUUUGGCAAGACGUUGGCAUUUAGCAGUCAACAAUGCGUCGUCGAACGCACGUCUCUGUCGACCACGUUGGUCAGGUUGAACUCUAAAGCGUUAUCCGGAUCGAAGAUCCUGAAACUGGGGUCACGUGGAGUUGCUACAGUGACUAACACUCGCACCAUGGUCGUUCAAUAUAUCCUUUCAUGAUGAAAAAUAUUAAAGGACCUUACAAGU